AUGACCAUCAUUUCCGUCACCAAUACCAACAAUCGUUUACGUUCUUCUGAAAAGGCAAUGGCCCUGAUGCAAAAAUCCAGAUCAGAACCCAACUGUCAAAGUAAAUCGAAAGCAACAUUUCACCAUUCCGUCUAUCCCAAGCGCAAAUCAACUGGCAAUCUUCGUCAGUCCAUCAGUCAACAGUCAGCCAUUUCUCGAUCCACUAGUAACAACAAAAUUUGGCGUCCACCUGGUCAUUGUGAAAUUCCUGAUAUUUUAGGCAAUGCUUACCUCAAGCCCAGCCCUCCAGUUGCUUUUGAUUUGCGCCCAACCGACAUUGCUAAACAAGUUUCCAAGCGUCCGUGGUACCCUCCUAGUCCGCACUGCAAAAUCCCCGAUCUUCCACCUCUUGUUCGUAACGAAAACAAAUUGGAAUCAAAAUUGAGAAAAUUACUACCAAAAGUAUCAGUUCGUUCAUCUGAUCCAAGCGCUCGUUAUGCAAAUUUCAAGGAGAUUGGCACUGGUGUCAAUGGCGCUGUAGUGCGUGCUACUUAUCGCAGAAAACCCAAUGUCCGUGUUGCAAUUAAGCGUUGCAAAUUAGACCCUGAUCGUGAAUACCGUGCUGCUAUUCUCAGAGAACUCAAGAUCAUGGCAUCUGGCCAUAGCAACCUCAUCAAAUUGCGUGAAGUCACCUUAUGCCAAGACGAUAUCUGGAUGACUAUGGAUCUCAUGCGAUGCUCUGUGUUUGCCGUGCUUUGUCAAAGGGGUAUUCCUGAGGAAUACACUGUCUACAUGGCCUGUGAAACAUUGAAGGCAUUGGUUCACUUGCACUCUCAAGGCAUCUUGCAUCGUGAUGUUAAAUGUGAGAAUCUUUUAUUAGGCUGGCAUGGCGAGGUUAAAUUAGCUGAUUUCGGAUUAUCAGCCCGUAUCAGUCGACCCAACCAUGAAAGAUUAGGAACAACCAAAUGGAUGGCUCCUGAAGUAAUUAGAGAGGAAUACUAUAAUGAAAAAAUUGACAUGUGGUCACUUGGUAUCACCGUUAUUGAAAUGAUGGACCGUGUACCACCUCAUUAUGCUAUCAAAGACGAAGAGGAACUGUUUGAUAUCAUUGCAACCGAGCCCAGCCCAACAUUCACAUACAGUUAUCCCACCAUGUACAUGAGAGGACUCGUUGCUUGGUUAUUAGAUGAAGAACCAGAGACUAGACCAACAGCUCGCGAUGCGCUUUUGGAGAUUGAAGCACAUGUUCAAUCAAAUCUGUUGCCCUGUUCAAACGCUCAGGAUAUGACACGAUUCUUGAAUCAAGUCUUGCCUGAAUGCUAA